GGAAGAGGCAGAGAAGAAGAACGUACGCACGACGAUGGCGUUAAUCUCGCAAGGACUCGCAAUGGAGCAAGUUCGCAUACAGGCAGCUGAACCGAAGCGGCGACCUGCAGUGAAUACGAUCAUCUGGGCCGCAUGCUGGACUCCGCGCGCCGACGUCUCCUUCUCGGUCGGUGGCGAGAUGUUCCGUGCUCACCGGGCUGUGCUCGCCGCCUGGUCGCCGGUCUUCAAAGAGGAGCUAUUCGGCUCCGGCUCCAGGAAGUCCGAAACAACGCAACGUGUUACGGUGCAGGACACCGAUCCUGUCACGUUCGGGGCUUUGCUCCGGUUCGCGUACACUGAUUCCCUGGCGCCUACGGGGAGAGAGCUGCUUGGAGAGAACCCGUUGAUGGUCGGUCUCUUCGGCGUCUGCUGGCUGCAGCCCACUGGUAUGAGAUGGACCGGCUGAAGCUCCUGUGUGUGCAGAGGAUUUUGGACAGUUUGUCGGCGGACACGGUUGCAGAUGCUUUAUAUUGCCCGCUGAAGCAUGAUUGCCCGGAGCUGAAGGUCCGGUGUGCAUGGAUUUCUUUGUGGCCGAGAGCAAUUUUCAAGAAGGCUGUGUUGACGG